AGGGUUCUGCUGGACCGUGUGUCUGACCUCAGUGGACACGACGGGUCCGGAUCAGAACAGGUUCUGGUUUCUGAUGUUCAGCUUGAGUGUGAACUCCGGCGCCGUGCGGCUGAGCUGUCAGCGUGUUUGUGUCGAGUCAGUGUGGGCGUUCUGACUUCCUGAUGUGAGGAAACCUUCUUCCGAUGGAGACACACUGAAACGUCUCACAUGUGGAAACACAACAACACGGCAGCAGCAGCGUCGCCUCGCCGGCUGCAGGAACACUGACAGAGACCAACGUGGUGAGAUGAGCAGCUGAUCCGACCCGAACACAAAAACACACAACAUGUCUUCACCUCCCGCUGAGGAUCCGGUGACGCCACCGCCGAUGACCACGCCUCCUCGCAAAGCCUCGGUGGUCCGUCUGCAGGAGAGGCGGGGCUCCAACCUGUCCCUACUAUUGGACGUGAGCAGCCUGGGGGCGGAGCCAGUCUGUUCCGUGACCACCCCUAAGGAGGUGUGGCUUCAGCUGCUGCACACGUCGACCCGACCGCUGGACCACCAGCUGCUGCAGGAGGCUGCAGCCGACACCAGCGCGCUCAACGUCGAGUACCAGAAGAUUCCUCCGAACUUUGUGAGCGCCGCCGAGCUGGACGUUCCCGGACACACGAUGAAAGACCGAUACAAGACCAUCCUGCCCAACCCGGAGAGCCGGGUGGUCCUGAGGAGUCCGGAGGAAGAGGCGGGGCCAGACCGCUACAUCAACGCCAACUACAUCCGGGGCUACCGAGGUUCCUCCAGGGCCUACAUCGCCACCCAGGGGCCGAUGGUGCACACCGUGGCCGACUUCUGGGACAUGGUGUGGCAGGAGAGGAGCAGCAUCAUCGUCAUGGUGACCAGGCUGAAGGAGAACAACGAGAAAUGUGAAGUGUACUGGCCACAGCCGAGGGACGGGACGGAGAGGGUGGUGGAGGAGGACGAGGACCAGGAGGAGCUGGGCCGACGGCAGGACGGCGAGGAAGACACGAGUCGCUUCGGCAGGUUCCUCCUCCGAGUGAAAGACGUCCAGGAGAAGGACGGAUUCACCGUCACCGACAUGGAGAUCCAGCUGGGUCCAGAGCGCCGCUCCGUCAGACACUACUGGUUCACCUCCUGGCCCGACCACCACAUCCCACAAUGCACUGCUCCUCUGCUGAGACUGGUGGAGGAGGUGGAGACGUACAGGAAGUCCCCAGUUCAGCCAAUCACGGCCCCUGACCCCAGACCCGGAACCGGACCCGGACCCGGACCCGGACCCUGCCUCGGUCCAAUCGUCGUCCACUGCAGUGCAGGUAUCGGCAGAACCGGCUGCUUCAUCGCCAGCAGUAUCGGCUGCCGGCAGCUGAGAGACGGCGGCCGGGUCGACGUCCUGGAGACGGUGUGUCAGCUGAGACUCGACAGGGGCGGGAUGAUCCAGACCACCGAGCAGUACCAGUUCCUCUACUCCACCCUGGCCCAGUACAGCCGCCAGCUGCAGCAGCAACAGGGACCGGAACCAAACCAGAACCAGCCCACCACACUGCCUCAGAACCAGCAGAACCCAGAGGAGCAAGUCAGCGCACAGCUGCAGAACCUCCAGCUGGACAGCAAACAGAGCGGCAGGAACUGACCAGAAACAGAACCUGGACCACCAGCAGCAUCUCCAGAGACAUCAUCAGAACCUGGACACCAGCAGCAGAACCCAAAGAACCCAUGGAGGAACUAG